AUGCAUCACGUUGAUCGCAAGUCGCUCUACACGAGCCUUGAAGCUAGGAUUGAUUACCUGCACAAGUUUCUCGACUGGGAUGACCGAGACAUCGAGGCUCUCGCGUAUGGAGCCCAGCACAUCCAAAAUCUCAUCCCCGCCGUCGUCCACAUCAUCUACCACAAGCUCUCCGAGUUUGACAUUACAGCCCGCGCCUUCGAGGUCCGAAACACAAGCUCAGAGUCGCCUUCCAAAGAUGAGCUUAGCUCAGAUAGCUCCCUGCUGAUGGAGCGACAAAACUUUUUGAAUUCGUACCUCACCAAGAUGUCGCAACUCAGCAAAGGGUCCUCCGAUCAGUCCAAGAUGGCGUUUUGGGAGUAUCUUGAUAGUGUUGGUGCUAUGCAUGUCGGCUUGCAAAAGAGCAGAGAGCUCCGCAUCGACUACAUCCACAUCAGUCUUACUCUCAGUCUGAUACAGAGCGUCAUGUCGCAAGCCAUCCUUGACCACAGCUCGAUUCCGAUCUCCAGGAGGGCCGCCAUCGUCAAGUCGUUCAGCAAGGUCAUCUGGAUACAGAAUGACCUUUUUGCUAGGUGGUAUGUCCGCGAUGGAGAGGAGUUU